GAGAGUUGAAGCAAACAGCAGCAGAGCAGCUCGAGCCCGGCUGGUGAUGCACAGCUGUGUGCUGUAAGAGCUGCCAACAUUUAACAGUACACUAAAAACAAACAUUUAUUCUAUGGUUAAGCCGUAUAAUUUUGUUGUUUAAAAAUUUCGAAGCGGUUAUCUUCAUGGAGGAGACAGAGCAACAGGACUCAACAGAUCGAGGAGGCCUGAUCUACUCAGUGACUCGAUAUGGCUCCACAGAUGGAAACGAAGAGCAGGGAGAGCACCUACAGAGUAACAGUCUUAGCAACAGCCAUGGCAACCAUCAGUUCUCCUCAUCAAUGUCAGGUCGAUGGGUCGGUGUUGAACAGGAAGAGGAGGACAUUCGCAGGAAGUUGAAGUACUUUUUUAUGAGCCCCUGUGAUAAAUAUCAUGCCAAAGGUCGCAAGCCGUAUAAGCUGAUCCUGCAGCUAUUAAAGAUUAUUAUUGUCACCGCUCAGCUGGUGCUGUUUGGCCUCAGUAAUCAGGUGGUGGUGACUUUCAAGGAGGAGAACACAAUGACCUUCAAGCAUCUCUUCCUCAAAGACUAUGAUGAGUCUUUAGAUGAUUCCUUUGCAGUUUAUACACAGAGUGAUGUCUAUGAACACAUCUAUUACGCCAUAGAGCAGUAUCUGGCCUUACCAGAGAUCACAGUGGGACGUUAUGCAUAUGUCUACGAUGUUGGUGUGAAUGGCAGUGCGCUCUCUCUCUGCCAACAGUACUACAAGAAGGGGAGCAUUGACCCUGCUAAUGACACCUUCAUCAUAGAUCCCCACAUCAUCACAGACUGUAUCGGCGUAAACCCGCUCUCCAUGCCUCCAGGUGGCCUCACUAACAGCUACAAGAACUUUACACUCAAGUUCCACAAGCUCAUUAACGUGACCAUCGACUUCCAGCUGAAGGCAAUCAAUAUACAAACCAUCAUCAACAAUGAAAUCCCAGACUGCUACACUUUCUACAUAAAGAUAGUCCUGGACAACAAGGCUCAUAGUGGAAAAGUGAAGAUCCGGUUGGAAAACAAGGCUUUCAUAAAGGAGUGUAAAGACCCAAGCAUCUCAGGACAUGCUGAGAGCUACACACGAGUAGCGUUCGAUGUAGCGGUGGCUUUGGUUUGCCUGCUGUCAUUACUGCUGUGUGGACGCUCUAUAAUGCGUGGCAUCCUCCUGCAACAGGAGUUUGUGCAAUUCUUUAAAGACACUCUGGAUCGUAAAGUGUGCUGGUCAGACCGAAUGGAGUUCAUAAACGGCUGGUACAUCCUCCUUAUUGUCAGUGACGUCCUCACUAUCACUGGCAGUGUCAUCAAAAUUGGCAUUGAGACUAAGAACAUGUCCUCAUAUGAUGUUUGUGGCAUCCUGUUGGGAAGCUCCACACUCCUGGUGUGGGUUGGAGUCAUUCGCUACCUCACAUUCUUCCAGAAAUAUAAUAUCCUUAUCAUAACACUUCGAGCAGCGUUCCCCAAUGUGAUCCGGUUCUGCUGUUGUGUGGCCGUUAUCUAUCUUGGUUACUGCUUCUGUGGCUGGAUCGUCCUAGGACCGUAUCAUGUCAAGUUCCGCUCUCUGUCCAUGGUGUCAGAGAGUCUGUUCUCCCUCAUAAACGGAGACGACAUGUAUGUGACGUUCUCAGAGAUGCAGGAGAGCAGCACUCUGGUGUGGCUGUUCAGUCAGGUGUACCUGUACACCUUCAUCUCCCUCUUCAUCUACAUGGUGCUGUCGCUGUUCAUCGCUCUCAUCACGGGAGCCUAUGAGACCAUCAAGCACCAAACCCAAGAACCCAUCCACAUCACAGACCUGCAUGCCUUCAUAGCAGAGUGCACAGACACUCCAAAUUCUGGAAAAUUUAGAGUCCUGGAGACCUCGCCGUGCUCCUUCUUCUGCUGCUGUGACAGAACAACAACAUAUGAAGACAACCUGCUGGUGAACUGAAGAUGACCUCAGUGACCUCAGACGCCUCACUGUCGUCCCCUGCUGACCACGGGGAUUCACUGCACACUUGUGACGCUCAGUGUCUCUGAGCAAACAUGCUGUAUCUGGGUCAGACUUCAUCUGAAGGAGGAGACUCCAUCAGUUUGAGCAGCAGCCUGCAGAAGGAACGUGUAACAGCAGUCACCGUUAUUUUUCCUCCAUGAAGAAGAAAACUGAAAGCUGAUGCAGGACUGGACCUUUAGGUCUUUAUGAUUUAGACUCUGCAACAUCAUGAACGCACAGACAUUUCUCUGUUUCUUGUUUUUAAGAACAAAACAGUAUUUCUUUUGUAUGUAUUAAUUGAUGCACAUUAUUGGAACAGGAGUUAUUUGCCGACAUAGGAGUAGAGUCAUGGUAUACUGCAGUAGUUUGUAUAUGGUGCUGACUGUUUUUUUGGUUUUUCCUCUUAAUAGUAUUUCAAAGUUGUGACCUCGUUGAGACAGUGCUUUUUGAUCAAGGCAUUUAGAAAAAAAAACACACUGAAAUUUUUUUUUCUGUUUAUCUUCUAUUCUGAGCACAAUUAUUUCUCAAAGAACCACUUAGCUGAAGACACUAGAAUAAUUUUAGUCUAUAAUGGAGAGUUUGAUGACCGGGGAAAAUCCAGGUAAUCAAUCUGAUAGUAGUCUGCCUUUUUCUAAGACAGUCAGGAAUCUGUUUCCCAGAAAUAUAUGAGAAAACAGGACAACAAACAGACUGAGUGGAAUUGAUUUGUUGUCCCUACUAUGAGCUGAACCCCAGUAUAAAGUUUCAAACAGCUUCUCUUGCGGCCUUUUCCUGCACAACAGUGCCUUCACAUGCAGACAGAACAGUUGUAGUUUUUAUGGCGGGUCAUUAUAUUUAACUAGUGAAGCACUAAACAUUGCCCAAAGGGGAGCUUUUCCUGACUCUUGUUAUGUUCCUUAAAUGAUGACAAAGCAUGUCCAAUAACAAAGACUUCCAUCUAUUUUUAAGAAGUUGGAAAUGUUUUUUCUUUUUUUUUUUUUUAAUGAAACACUGAUUACCAUUGUACAAACUUUAUCUGGCUUGUUCAAGGAGUAAACUGUCUCAGAUUUUCAGAACAAAGUUGAACCGGGUAAACAGGGUAAAAAGGCUGCGUAAUGUUAGCCAAAACAUGUUUGUAGCUCUGUAAUCAUGUCCUGUCACACUGAAUCAUAGUACUUUGUAGUCCGUUUGUUUUCUAUAUAAUGAUGUCUUGUCUAACCUUGAACUGGAACUGAACUUACUUUCAGUCUCUUGGCUCUGCCCAUAAAGAACAGUGGCUAAGGAUUCAUAAAGUCUGGACUCCACAUGCAUAUUUCUAGGAAAACUAUUCCCAUUAAGAUGUAAUAAUGUCUGAUCCAGGCUGGUUAACAGACUCUGGGAUAAGAAUAUUUUUUUCUGUUACCUCAUGUUCAAUCUAACAGUGUCACAUUUAAGCUAAACAUGUUGACAGAGUUUGGAUUUAAAUGAUAAAAUUUUGCCAAAUAUAUCCAAAGCCUUAAGAUUAAAUGAUGUUAUAGGCAUGUUUAUAUAUUUUAGUAUUAUUAAUACUAAAUGUACUUUUCCUACAUUUUAAUGUUUUUUAUACAAAUGAUCUGCACUACUGUAAAAAUGCAAGCAUUAAAAGCAUUGAGUUGUCCUUGAAGUCAACUUUAUGGUGUGAUAUUAAAACAUGA